AAAUGAGCCCGUGUAAAGCAGGAAGUGCUGUUGCGUCUCUGUCUGUCUGUCGAUGAGACGAGGAGGGAAGAAAAUACUAGAAAGGACCACGGAUAAUGCAACGCUAAAUCAACACACAGAGAAGGCACUCUUCUAAAUUUGACAGAUACAGGGAAACGGAGCUGUUUGUGAUCGAUUGGGGAACGAGGUGUAACCAUUCCUUCUUUCCUUUCUUUAAAGAAAUUGACCAGAUCACUGUGACUUACAGUCCACACCCAUAAAAUCCUCAGUCUUCGUCAGAGAAUACGAGAACACAUCUAACUUACAAACGCAAAUAUGAACCCUCAUGAAUCGGAGGUGUACACGGUGGCGCCGGAGAUGCCAGCGAUGUUUGACGGCAUGAAGUUGGCAGCGGUGGCCACAGUUCUCUACGUCAUCGUCCGGUGUCUAAACUUGAAAAGUCCCACAGCUCCGCCGGACCUCACUUACCAGGAUACAGCACUUAACCUCUUCCUGCUCAAGUCCUGUCCUAUUCUGACCAAAGAGUACAUUCCUCCUCUACUAUGGGGUAAAAGUGGUCAUCUGCAGACAGCCCUCUAUGGAAAGUUGGGUCGGGUCAGUGCACCACACCCGUUCGGCCUGCGCAAAUAUCUGCCCAUGCAGGACGGAGCCACGGCAACUUUUGACCUCUUUGAACCGCUGGCGGGUCAUCAGUCCGGAGAGGACGUCACCAUGGUCAUCUGUCCUGGCAUUGGGAACCACAGUGAGAAGCACUAUAUCCGCACGUUUGUGGACUAUUCACAGAAACAGGGCUACCGCUGUGCUGUGCUCAAUCACCUCGGGGCCUUGCCGAACAUUGAGCUCACCUCCCCUCGCAUGUUCACCUACGGUUGUACAUGGGAGUUUGCAGCAAUGGUGGGCUUCAUCAAAAAGACGUAUCCCCAGACCAAACUUAUCGUGGUGGGCUUCAGUCUGGGGGGGAAUAUUGUGUGCAAGUUCCUGGGAGAGAACCGUACCAACCAGGAGCGUGUUCUGUGCUGUGUGAGCGUGUGCCAGGGCUACAGUGCACUAAGGGCUCAGGAGACGUUUCUGCAGUGGGACCAGUGCCGUCGUUUCUAUAACUUCCUGAUGGCUGACAACAUGAAGAAGAUCAUUUUGUCUCACAGGAGCGUGUUAUUCGGUGUGGGCUCCACUAAAAUGGUGGACACGGAUCUGAGCCGGCUCUACACUGCCACAUCUCUCAUGCAGAUCGAUGACAACAUCAUGAGAAAAUUCCACGGGCACAACUCUCUGAAGGAGUACUAUGAGAAGGAGAGCUGUGUUCAUUUCAUUCAUAAUAUAAAUGUGCCUCUUCUGCUGGUGAACUCUGGUGACGAUCCGCUCGUGCACAACUCACUGCUCACCAUCCCUCGCACACUCGCAGAAAAGAAAGAAAACGUGAUCUUCGCUCUGACGCUGCACGGUGGACACCUGGGUUUCUUCGAGGGCGCUGUGCUGUUCCCUCAGCCCCUCACCUGGAUGGACAAGGUCAUCGUGGGCUACUCCAAUACCAUCUGCCAGUGGGAGAAACAGAAACCGCCGUGCCAAAGUCAAGGCGCCCAUUCCAUUGAAACCAAAUGCCAAGACAGUAAAUCCUAACCGAGCCCGACUCCGUUUCACCUCAACCGUGACGUUUUCACCACGCGCACGAAGGGUCGGACCACCAUCUUCAAGCAUUCACUGUCAGUGGGAAAAUUUGUUUCUCUUUUUUAUCACGGUUUAUUACCAACAUGAAUCGUAACGACUUUCCAAGGGAGAAAACAAUGCCACUCGAUGACCAAAAAACAAUCACAGAACCUGUGUAGCGAGGGCGGCGUUUUAGAUUUACUGUAGUUUGUAGUUUAGAUAAAACCAGUAUCACUUGCUUUCUAAUUAGGACACUGAAAGUGUAUCACUGCUAAACAAGAUCUAGCAGAGCUGGGUGAAUCUCACAAAAAUCAAAGAGGGUGGAAAAAAAUUUUAUUUUUGGAAAAAAUAUUAAAAGAUAAUAUUUUGCCUAAAUAAAAAGAAGUCUAUUUUUGAGACAAUUAAAAUAUUCAGCAUUAAUGUAAGCACAUUUUUCCCCCUUUUUUUGGUAAAUUUCAGUUUGUGGGGGUGAUUUAUCUUUUUUUCAGUGGUGCAUCUCAUGCUUUUACGGUGUUGCACAAACAAAAUAAUUAUUUGUAAUACAAUAAUCUAAAUCACUGUUAAUGAAAGGCAUUGAAACAAAUAAUACUGUUUAUAUUUCAAUAAUACUAUUUUUUUUUUACAUUACAUUAAAGGGAAUGAAAUUGAUUUAUUUUAAGAUAAUGAGAAUUGCAUGUCACAAUGCAAAAAAUGUAAUGGUCCUUAAAAUAAGAUGCAUCUAAAAGAACUCCGUUCAUUGGUUUUUGGAUUGAAAUAUAAUCUAGACAUGUUCUUGACCAGUUUUGUGAGAUUCACCCAGCCGGCUUAUUAAACCGGCACGCAAACUUUACUGUACAUAACACACAAGUUUAUGGGAAGUGACUGUUAUGCAGGCACUGUGUGCUUAUAGAUAUGACCGGCAUGCUGUUUGAGUGCAUAUUAUUAUUUAGUUCUUGGUCUGGUAACCAUUUAAACACAGGGUAGAAUUCAUGCCACACUUAUUUUAAACCUAACUAGACCUUUUCAAGUGUACCAUAGUGUGACAGGAGAAACUUUAUUAAUCAUGAAGCCUUGUCGGUUGAAUCCAAGUCACAUUCCUAAUCAAUCAGCUUUUGUUUAGCACUUUUAUAUGACGUUUGAACUCGAUGAUCCCUUGUGUUUAUUAAAACGUGUUGUGGGCCGUCCCACAAUCACUACGACCCAGUUGUAGAUGGCAAAUCCCGUUCCGUUGAAGUUCUGCUCCUGUGGAGAGCAGCACACGCUGUUGCUGCAGUAUUGACUCGUGUUUGUGCAGAACCACUGAAGGUGGUAGAUCUAGAUGAUUGUGUAACGUGUUGAUUUGGGACCCAGUGGGAGACACCAGUGCAUUUCCUGGUGCACGUCUGUGAAAACUGGUUACUUUGUGCUGUUGUAUCGUUUUAGGGUUUUUUCUUAAUCUUGUUCAUUUUCGUUUCGCUGUUUUGUGCAAUUACUUGAUGAAUUUAUGUGUUGCUUUAUAUUUGGAAUCAAGACUGUCUGAAAUGGAACUGGUCUUCUUCUUGUUACUCAUUAGAAUAAUUCAAUGCAGAGGGGAAAAUAUAUUAGAUAUAAGUUUACAUUUGAAGGGAACAUCCAAAGUGUUAUUUCCAAAGGCCUCUGAAAACCUUUAACACAGCAGUUUAGUGCGGUUAGAUUUGACUUGUUUCAGGGAAGCCGUCAUAAGCCAUCAGCCACAAAAUGGCCAGGUAAUAUUUCACUGCACAAUAAACAAAAAAAAAUUUUUUUUUUUUUACUUUUUUUUUUUUUUUUUUUUACAUUUUGACAUUAUUUUCAUUAUUAUAUUAUUAUGACAUUAUUAUAUAUAUAAUUUUUUUUUUUUUUUUUUUUUUUUAAUUAUUUUCAUAAAAACAAUGUUUUCUUUUUGUUGUUUUUUGGGUGGGGAUGAAUUAUUACUUUGCCAUUUCUGGACAUGUUUUGUGUGAUUUUAUAAUCUUUACUGGUUUAUCAUCAUGCUGCAGCUGUGAAAGAAAAUUUAUUAUCUGCGUUUAGAAAGGAAAAAACUAAAAAAAAGGCGCUUGAUGACCAAAAAAAAAUAAUAAUCUAAUAACCUGUGUAAUGUUUAGUAUUCAUGACAGUUGAGUGAAGAUUGUCACUGAUUGGCGAAAACCAUCAGUUAUAUGUGGUAAAAUAUGUGCGUUUAUAACAUACUUAAUUGCCUUCAAUGUUAGUGUUUAGCCUCAGAAGUGAUGCAUCUUCUUAAAGGAGAAAGAGUCUGCAGCACUUUGUGUUGUACGUGUCAAAAGACUUCUUACCAAUUAACAGCUGAAAGACGCCCCCUGUGGGUUAUCAGGUGUAAAAGCACUGAGGUGAAUGUUAACUUUCACACCCAACAACUCUCAACUGAUACAGUUUAUAAAAUCCCAUCUAGAUAUGUAGUAUUCGUUGGUUGAGAGAGAGUUCAGCUCCCCUCUGUUAGGUUUUGUUUAGUCUUUUCUGUCGAUUAGUCUCUGUAGUCAGUGAAGGUAUGUUGUAAACUUGCGUCUGAAAGCUCCCGGUUGGGUGUCAGUGUUCGGCUGUUUCCGGUGAUCGGAAAUAUUUGGCCUUUUGCACCAGCACAAAUUCAAUCUCUGAUGUCGACCCAGUUUGCCUUUCAGAAUGUCUCCCACUUACUUUUUGCACAGAAAACACGGGCUUAUGUUGUGUAUCCUCUACAAACGUUAACAAAUUUUUGUUUGUUGUUAUAUUUUACAUUACUUUCAAUGUCACUUUCAGUGUUUUUAUUCUCUUAUGUACAUUGUAAAUGUGUGUAUGUGAAUGUUUGCAUCAUAUCACCACGUCUGCUUGUGAAAACUACCAAGAAACUUGCAUUGGAAGAUAAAAAUACAAUAUAUUGAUGGGUUAUGGAAACCAGGGAACUUUAAUUUGUUUGACGAUCAGCAAUAACGCUUUGGAUUUUUUUUCUCUCUCUUUUUCUCCACGCCAAACUGAGAUGAAUUGCUCAAAGAAAAUAUUGUGUCAAAUGGAGUUUAGAGAAAAUGUUUUCUUGCUGCAGUCAAAUAGUAAUUAUAAAAGGAAAGUGAAAGGCCAUAUAUAUAUCAAAAAGAGAAGUCUAUUUGCAGAAUAUAGAGUAGAAUAUUCACAAAGCUUUGAGAUUGUCACUGUUCCUCCUAUUCUGACCCACAUUCUCAUCACGGUUUAUUGUGUUUGAUGGCUGGUUUUUGAAUGUGUCAUUUUUCAUGACCUCAGAACCCCAUGCAGCAUAAUAUCUCAAUCACUGGUGUGUUUUUGAUUUGAAAAACCAAUGGUGUGUGAUUGCAUAAUUUAUUAUUACAAGAAUGGUUAUUGUGUUCCAGAAAUAAAUUAUUUUCUUGUUUAAAAAACAA